UGGAUACUUGUGUGCUCUAGCCAGAGGGGAAUAGCAAACAGGGGAAUAUAAUAGGGAAGUCUAACUAGAACUGGGAAAAACAUCAGAAGUUGUUGAGCAUAUAUAUGAGUGCUGAUCUUCAGGACGAACAAACUCUGCUUUUCAGGGAUAUUGUAAUCAUAUGCAUACAUUAUCAGCUGUUUCCAUCAUCACUCUCUCAUGUUAGAAGGUCUGAUAUCAAGCGAAGGGGCAUGUACAGGAAAGUCUCUAGGCUUUUUUGUUGUUUUUGUAGGGCCCCCAAGCCCCCCAUCGAUGAAGUUGUGUCAUGGCGACAAUCCCUGAAAAAACUCCAGGAGUCUAAAACAGGGCAGCUGGCCUUCAGAGAGUUCCUGAGGACAGAGUACAGCGAGGAGAACAUCUUGUUCUGGCUGGCCUGUGAGGAGUACAAGACCAUCACCACCAGCAAUGAGAUAGCAAUAGCAGCCAAAAGGAUCUACACAGAGUUUGUACAGGUCGACGCUCCCAGACAGAUAAACAUCGACUGUGGGACCAGGCAGGAGAUUACAAACAGCAUGUCUCAGCCGACCCUGAGCUGCUUCGACAAGGCACAGAGACUGAUAUACAAGCUGAUGAAAAAGGACUGUUAUCCCAGAUUCCUGAAAUCUGAAAUCUAUCAAGGUCUUUUAGAACCAUCAGAAGCCAGCUGAGAUUCCAGAACCAGGUGGAGAAUAAUACCUGCUAACAACCAACAGUCUGUGGGCUGACAGGGAUUCAACUCUCUCCGCUCUAACUAGCUGCCCAUGUUAGUUCAGCAUGGUUUAACUCUGGGCUGGAGCACAAAACACAGGACCCAUGCUCUGUAGUCUCUCUAAUAAUAGUUCAUCAUCUAGCUCAGUGGCUCCCAAUCGUAUUCUGAGGUGUGGCCAACCAAAAUAUUUUCAACGUAAGGUGGGAUACUCUCCAUAUAAAUAUGCUAAUAUUAUAGAUAAUAGAUAUGAUUACAAAUGUUAUACAGUACUGACUUUAUUUAGAGUAUAAAGCAUUAUGUAUGUUUAAUAACUUAUUAUUAUCCAUUGAUUAUCAAUUGAUUAUUACUUUUGACUGUAAUAAUUCAUGGUAUUCUCCUGAUGUCUAUGAAAACUAGGAUAUGUCAGACCUGCCAUUAAAGCCAUGAAAAAGAGUUUCAGUCAAUUUUUUUAUUAAUGUGUUGUUUCUGUCUAUGACAGAAAUUCAAUAAGCCAACCCAAUGCAAUGUUGUGUAUGCGGGUGUAUGUCAUUAGGAUUCAGAAAGCCAAUCCAACACAAUCAGUGCAGCAUCAGCUGAGGUCAUAGUCUCUUUCUCUCAGUCGUACCCUCAUGUUGUUCCUCUUUAUCUCUCAGACCCAGAGCAACCCCAAACGCUCUGUUCCCUAGGCAACCAGGCCAGUGGGCCAUCUUUGAGACCUCUCUCUUGUGUGUUGUGUUUGGUCCCAUCUCUGCCUCUCUCUUGUGUGUUGUGUUUUCACACAUUGUACAGUGGGAUUUCAUGUUGUUUACAGUUAAAUUGACCUCUCGGUGUUAUGUGUAACACCAGUCCAGGCAUGUAUAGUUUCUCCCCAGCAACGUCUGUGUAUGCAGCGAAAAUAAUAAUACUUUAAAAAAAAUAAAGUAAGCUUUAUGCAACA